AUGGAUAGAGAAGAAGGUGGAUCAACGGUGGUCGUCGAUGGACGGGCAGAGAUUGAUACAAGAGCACCAUUCAAGUCUGUUAAAGAAGCAGUAAUGUUGUUUGGAGAAAGAGUUUUAGUUGGGGAAAUCUAUGCCAACAAGCUCAAAGAGAUGAGAACAAGAGCAAGUGAAAAUGGACAGGCUCCCUCCAGAAUUGGAGCCUUAACAGCUGAGCUUGAGGAAACAAAGCAGAGCCUCAAAAAAGCAAGAGAAGAAGGUAACUUGAUGGCCUAUCGUAUAAAAUCUCUUAGAGAAGAACUUGAAGAAACAAAGAAAGAGCUACAACGACUAAAGGCAAGGGAAAGAAUGUAUCAAAAACAACCAGUACUUGAUGAUCCUGAGAUUGAAGACUUCAAGUUCAUUGAAAAUGCAACCAAAAUGGAAACAAUCAAGAACCAAAACGAUAGCGAAGAACCUUUUGAGUUUCAAAACAAGAGAUAUGUGAAAUUUGCUAGCCCUCCUUCAUUGGCUAAGGUUAUUAUUUCCAAAGAGGAAAUGCUAGAGAGACCUCAUUCUUUUAAAAAGAUGACCAAGAAAAGGUCUCUAAUCCCUCUUCUGGGAUGGUUAUUUCCGAAAAGAAAGGAACCCAAGAUGAUGAGUCUCCCAGAGAAUACUGAGAAGCUGCUCAUAGAUGGAAGCUUUCAUUCCCAUGAGUCGGCUGAAUUGAAUAGAGGUGAGGGUGAAGCAUGUAUAAUGGAGAGGAUUAAAAAUAUGUAA